GGGGAAGGCCAGACGCGUUCCCAGGGUUCGCGGAACUAAGGCGCCGCGGUAGCAAUUUCCAGGGGAGUCCCACUGCGGAGCACACGUGGUCGGAACCAUUUUGACCGACUUCGGGAGUUACCCGAAGGACACGAAGUUUCCCCCUCCGGAGUUAGCGGUGUUCGAGUCCGGGAGCAACAUGGCGGCGCCCAUGCGGGGCUUGUUUGGGGACUAACUUAGUGUUUAGUACGGCUGUCUGGCCCGACUCUGGCCGAGUGAAGUUUCCCCCAAGUACCCACGUUAAAGAAUUGUCUACUAGCAGGCGGACACCGUCAUCUGCCCGCAACCACACUAAGGAGCAGAGUCCUGAGCACUGACCAAGAUGAGUAACAUCUACAUCCAGGAGCCGCCCACGAAUGGGAAGAAUACAAACAAUAUAGGAGCAGUAUAUGAGCAUCUAGAAAAAUGCUUGGUGCAUAGGAGAUGGAAUUCAAAUACCGUGAAAGAAAGGAUGGCUCGGCAGAUGAGCUGAUGCUGUUUUCUUUAGCUUCUGAGAGGCGCUGCACACAGGUUUUAUUGAAAACUACAGCUGGAGAUAUUGAUAUAGAGUUAUGGUCAAAAGAAGCUCCAAAGGCAUGCAGAAAUUUCGUUCAGCUUUGUUUGGAAGCCUACUAUGACAACACCAUUUUUCAUAGAGUUGUACCUGGUUUCAUAGUCCAAGGUGGAGAUCCUACAGGCACCGGAACUGGAGGAGAGUCUAUCUAUGGAGCCCCAUUUAAGGAUGAAUUUCACUCGCGGUUGCGUUUUAAUAGGAGAGGGCUGGUUGCCAUGGCAAACGCUGGUCCACAUGAUAAUGGCAGCCAGUUUUUCUUUACUCUGGGUCGAGCAGAUGAGCUUAACAAUAAGCACACCAUCUUUGGAAAGGUCACAGGGGACACAGUAUACAACAUGCUACGCCUGACAGAAGUGGACAUCGAUGAUGAAGAAAGGCCCCGCAAUCCACAUAGAAUCAAAAGCUGUGAGGUUUUGUUUAAUCCUUUUGAUGACAUCAUUCCAAGAGAAAUUAAAAGGCCCACAAAAGAGAAACCAGAGGAAGAAAUAAAGAAAUUGAAACCCAAAGGCACAAAAAACUUUAGUUUACUUUCUUUUGGAGAAGAAGCUGAGGAGGAAGAGGAGGAAGUGAACCGAGUCAGUCAGAGCAUGAAGGGGAGAAGCAAAAGCAGCCAUGACCUGCUUAAGGACGAUCCGCACCUAAGCUCUGUCCCGGCUGUGGAAAGUGAAAAAGAUGCCGCAGCGGGAGAUUUAGAAGAUGAUGGCGAAGAUGAGCGUGCAGAGCAUGAUGAAUACAUUGAUGGCGAUGAAAAGGCCCUGAUGAGAGAAAGAAUCGCAAAAAGGUUAAAAAAAGACACGAGUGAAAAUGUGAAAUCAGCUGGAGAGGGCACAAUAGAAAAGAAGCCGGCCAGCCGCAGUGAAGAGCUCAGAAAAGAAGCAAGGCAGCUAAAGCGGGAACUCUUAGCAGCAAAACAGAAAAAGGAGACUGCAGCAAAAGUGGAGAAAGGAAGUGAAGAGGAAGAGGCUGCCCUGGAUGGUGCUGUUGCAGAGUACAGGCGAGAGAAGCAGAAGUACGAAGCCUUGAGGAAGCAACAGCCGAAGAAGGGAACUUCCCGGGAAGAUCAGACCCUUGCACUGCUGAGCCAGUUUAAAUCUAAGCUCACUCAAGCGAUUACUGAAACGCCUGAAAACAAUGUUCCUGAAGCAGAAGUGGAAGAUGAUGAAGGAUGGAUGUCACAUGUGCUCCAGUUUGAAGACAAAACCAGGAAGGUGAAAGACGCAAGCAUGCAGGAUUCAGACACAUUUGAAAUCUAUGACCCUCGGAAUCCAGUGAACAAAAGGAGAAGGGAGGAGAGCAAGAAGCUGCUGAGAGAGAAGAAAGAAAGGAGGUGAGAGGAGAGUGGCGAGGCCAGAGCUGCUGAAGGCCUGCAGUGCAUGACUGUCUAUGUGACAGCCACUGUGCCACCGCGCUCACGGGUGUGAAAAGUACUUCUGAACCUUGUCUCUGGCUCAGAAAACAAAUACUUUGUUUUGUAAAUUUGGGAUGAUAUGAGCAAAUGCUUUUGGUUACUGAUACAUUUUUUUUCUUAUUUGACCUUUUCUAUUGCUGAAUCUGAAAUAAAAUCAAUCUUUCCAGUUUAAAUGUUAGCCAUUUAUAGAUUGUAUAAGCCUGUUUAUGUUCUUUUACCCUGAGAUGUGUGAAAGUGUGUCAAGAUUUUUUGAGUGCUCACAGAAAGAAUAAGAGGAACUUCCCUGACCCUUUGAUACAAAAUAAAAAUUAUAAAAUAAAGACAUUAA